AUGGCUCUGGUGGCCAUAGGCCUUGCCAGCAAUAUCGUUGGAUUCAUUGAUGUCGGAUGCAAGUUGAUCUCAGAGAUCCAAGAUAUCUCCCAUUCCGCUUCUGGCGCGACAGACGACAUCUCCGACAUGCAAAUGCUCGUCGACAAAUUAUCUCUCAGCUUAGACGGGCUCAAGCUGUCUAGUGCGACCGGUUCAUCUACCACCACACAGCCGACUGCAAGUGAGCAGAAGCUCGAAAACCUCGCCUCGCGAUGUGCUGUUCUUGCGAGAGAAAUGUCUACGAAGCUGAACAAGCUUACCUUGGACGAGAAUGCCAAGUCCAGAGGGCUGAGCAAACUUAAAGUUGCUAUGAAGAGCAUAUGGGGAAAGAAAGAUCUCGAAGAGAAAUUGAGCAGGCUAAACGAUUUUCGUUCUGAGUUUCAAUUCAGCAUCCUACUCAAGCUUAAGUCUGCAUCUAGUGUUCUUUGGCAAUGUCUCUGGGAAUGUUUGGCAAUCUUAACGUUCCAAGUUGUUUUAAAUGGUAGCUUACUUUGCGUCUGUAGGGAGGUCUACAAUUUGGUUUCAAUCCGGAACUCGGAGAAAUUUGCUUCUCUGGAGGACCAAGGGAGACGCUUCGUUCAGUUGCUCAUUGAAGGACAAGGUGUGUUUGCACAAGAACUCGGAAGACAGACGGCUGUUAUCCAAACUCUUCAUGAGACAACGGAGAUUAAGGGCCUGUUUAGCUCGGAAGUGACACUUGGGAAGUGA